UCCUGUAAGAGCUGUUAUAAGGUUGGCCUCUUCUGUUCUGACUGGCUGAAGCGAGUCUUUAUUACACCAAAGGGUUAAAGCCUGACUAGGAGGGGACAGGAAGAUGAGUCUUGUUCAGGACUGAGCUAAAAGCUGCACAAAUUCAAGUCUUCUCUGCCUACGAACGCGUAAAUGCAGUGUUAGGUUAUUUGUACCUGUGUAAGUCUAUAAUUAGGCUGUUGUGAAAGUGUUGUCUAGUAUUUUAGCGCUGUUUUCUUCCACCGGGCGCUCAGACAGACUCGGUGAAGUCCCGCGGAUUCUGACCGAACCGAUGGUUACGAGAUCACAAACGCUCCUUACAACAAGCCAGAAGGUCCACACUUCGAGUAGAAAUGCACCAUAGGAUAACAACGCAGGAGCCAAUAUGUAAGCAUGUGAUUGAGCAAGAGACGAGGCAUGAAUGAAUGAGCGGAAGACAGAGUUCAUGAGGGGGUGAGAGAUAAGCUCUCGUUCUCUCUUGACAAGCUGAACAUGUCCUACAGUGGUGAUAAUCCACCCAGUUCUAAUACCACAGGCAGCUCUAACUCUGCUUCCCAAUAUGCUGCUGCUGCGCUGGGUGUGGGGCUGGUGGCCCUGGGCAUCGUGAUGGUCGUGUGGACCGUGGUGCCAGCGGGCUCAGUCGGAAACAGCUCACGGCCUGGCCAGGGACUGGGCUCGAGUAGUAACACAUCAGUAGCAGCCUUUGUGAUGCUUGGUAUAGGAGUGGCCAUGCUGCUGCUUGCCCUCUGUCUGGGCAUACGCAACAAACGCAGAGCACAGAGACAGCAGCAGACCAAUGGAAACGCACAGACAGACCAAAGCCAGCCGGAAGAGAGGCAAGCGGAACAACCGGAACACUAUGCUGUGCCCAGUUACGAAGAGGUGGUUGGCAGUGAACAGUACCCCAUUCGACAGUUCACUGCACGACAAGACAGCACCACCCAGCUCCCGGCCUACGAAGAACUGAUGGAGACGCCCCAGAGCGGGUUGGAUGGGCCCGAACCAGCACACACACAACCCACCCAAACACAGAACGGAGCGGACGAUUCGAACCCAACACACACACACCCUCCAGGAUCGAACCAUCGGAACGGACGUCCAGGACUCAAACUGCUUCCUGUUAAAGUGAGGCGCAUCAAAUCUGAAAAGCUGGGCAGGAAGAUGUCCAGCAACUCCCCACAAGUCAUUGUGUCCAGCAUCGAACCCCUUACUCCUCCACCGCAGUAUGAUGACUCGCCCCCUGAGCUUCCACACCCGCCACAGUGACUAAGCGUGCGCUAGAACUGCUGUGAUGGUCUGUUAAUUCCGGACUGGUAAAAUGUGCAGUAAGGGUUGCAUACACGAGCCAUAAAUACUUCAUACAUAAAUAUUGUUAUACAUAACCACCUUAAAAUGAAACAUUCAGCUGUGAGUUUUCAAAAGAACCAAUUCUGAAACACCAGUCUUGGAACUCUCUCAUUUCUUUCUGUGGUAAAUGAUGACUAGUUUUUUGGAAACCUAGUUGAGUAUUUGUGCAGCACCUAAUGUGCACUAACUCAGCAUGAUUAUAUUCAUUAAAACUCCAGUGUCAUAGUAUUUUUACAGCACUCCCAAUUAAAAAGGAUAUGGGUGUCUGAUGUAAAGUAACAGUGACACAAUUAAUUUCAAAUUGUUGAGGAAAAGUUGUUUACCAUGCCUGGCUGUCGUGUGAUGACAAUGCCUCUGACCUACAUAACUCCCAGCAGCCAAGUAGAUUUACAAUAGGAAUAUGAGGAAAACGCUCUACUGGUUUUCUUUCCGCCUGUAACUCAGGCUCAGGCGUUUAGCACUGGUGUGCAUAUGUGGGUACUGCGCUCUCAUACCAUUACCAUUAUUAAAGGAAUGGUCCAGCGAAAAAUCAAACUACGUUAUUUUCCACCUACCCCAAUAGUCAGGCAGCCAAGACAUGCUGGGUGUCCUAAUUUUGCUUUUAAAGCAGUUUUGCUUUUAGUUUUAAACUGGAGCUGUGAGGCUAACAUUGAUAACAAACACUUUGAGUCAAUAGUAACCUAAAUCUUUUCUGCAAAUACAUCCUUAAAAUUUCCAUCGACCUGCUCAAACCUCAUCUAGGUCUUCAUUAACAAACAAGACUUCACUGUGUAACUAAAUGCUAUUUCCAGUGAAGAACUGAAGAAGCAAAAUUUAAACACCAAACAUGUCUGAGCUACAAAUGAGGAAUUGUGUACAUUUGGAAUUUUUUUUUUUUUCUUUGCCAAACCAUUACUUUAACACCCACUGUCCUGUUGAAACACAAUGGGCCAUUAUCCCACCCAUAGUACCUUGCUAACCAGUGCUGUUUAUACACCAUUUCUUUUGCUGGAGCUGAUUAUCAUGUUCCAAUCAGUGGACAGUUAUAUACAAUUUCUGGUUGUAGUUGUUACUUUGCAUAUUUCUAACUACAUUGUAAUCUAACACAGCUAUGCAUAACUUGCUCAGU